AUGGCUUUGCGACAUCAUCCCCGGCCGCCUUCCAGUCCCCAAGACCGUCAAAAGUCAAAGUACGACGUCUUUCGAUCCAUGAUCCUUACCCAGUUCAAUGUCGUCCUCGAGAACAUGGGCGGCUGGUCAGAGACCAACCGCGAGUACCGCAACUUUGGUAUCAGAAGCGAGCAUGGGCUCAACAAUGAGGUCGCGUUAUUCCGAGAGACGAUACAGAGAUCGAUCCAGAUGGCCAACAAGGGUGCGACGCUGCGCAAGGAGAACCCGCUCUUUUGGUCCCUGCGGAAUGCGUUCAUCCGUGGCGACGUCAAGGGCCUGACUUCGGAGUUGCGUUAUUCGUUCCAGAGCUUCAUGAUGCGGUCGCGGCUAUCGCAGUCUACACCGAGGCAGAAGAAGUUGGCUGACCUGAGGUUUCCUCAAGAGUGGUUCCCUGCCACACGGGCUAUGCAGCGCACCAUCCACCUACAUGUAGGGCCGACGAAUUCUGGAAAGACAUAUCGCGCGUUACAGGCGCUCGAGAACGCCAAAUCAGGCAUCUAUGGAGGGCCGUUGCGUCUUCUGGCCCACGAGAUUUACUCGAGGUUCCAGGCCAAGGGAAAGGACUGUGCCAUGGUUACGGGCGAGGAGCAGCGUAUACCAGAUGCGGACAAUUACUUCAUUAGCUGCACCGUCGAGAUGACGCCGCUCAACCGACUCGUCGACGUUGCAGUAUUGGACGAGAUCCAGAUGAUUGGCGACCGAGAGCGAGGUUGGGCGUGGACGCAGGCUUUUCUCGGUGUCAUGGCGAAGGAAGUCCAUCUGUGUGGCGAGGAGCGUGUUGUAGACCUCAUCAAGUCGAUAUGCUCCAGCAUUGGGGACAAGUGUAUCGUCCAUCGCUACCAGAGACUGAGCCCCUUACAGACCAUGAAGGAGAGUCUUGGCAACGACUUGACCAAGCUCGAAAAGGGCGAUGCGAUCGUCGCUUUCACUCGAGUCAACCUGCACGGUCUGAAGAACGCCAUUGAAGAGGCCACUGGUCGCCGCUGCGCCAUCGUCUAUGGGUCUCUGCCACCCGAAACUCGAGCGCAACAGGCAGCUUUAUUCAACGACCCUGACAAUGACUACGACUUUCUCGUCGCUAGCGAUGCCAUUGGCAUGGGUCUGAAUUUGGAGAUCAAGCGUGUCAUAUUUGAGACGGCGACAAAACACGACGGCACCCAGUACCGUGUGCUGACUACUUCCGAGGUCAAGCAAAUUGGUGGCAGAGCAGGCCGAUACAAGACAGCUAGGCAAGCGGCGACAGACCCCAGCGGAACCGCCUCCGUCGAGGAGAAGAAGAUGGGUUAUGUCACGACGCUUGACGACGAGGACUUGCCAACCAUUGAGAAGGCCUUCAGUUCCGAGACGGCACCGCUCGAGGUCGCCUCGAUCCAACCUCCAGCCUUCAUUGUCGAGCAGUUUGCGGAAUACUUCCCUCCCGACACACCCCUCAGCUUCAUCCUCCUGCGACUGCGCGAACUCGCCCCAGUCUCGGAACGUUACUCGGUUCACGUUCCCGAAGUCAACCUCCAAAUCGCCGACGUUAUCCAGGAGUUUCCAAUGACGAUCCAGGAGCGCAUCACCAUCCUCCACGCACCCAUCUCGCUCCGCGAGAAUGGCCAGAAGGAGAUCGUCAGGGCUAUCGCCAAGUGCAUCUCCACACGGAGCAAUGGUGCGCUGUACGACAUCCAGCCCAUCAACCUCGAGCUUCUCGACGCAACGCUCGAGGACUUCAACAACCAGGGUAGGAGGUACCUGCACUCGAUCGAAACACUACACCAGGCCAUCACGCUCUACCUGUGGGUGAGCUACCGUUUCCCCAACAUCUUUACGAGUCAGGCGUUGGCGUUCCACGUCAAGGACGCCGUCGAGGAGAAGAUUGAGUUCUACCUUGAGAACAAUGCCGUCUUCGACGCGGCUGUGCACGGCAAGGCCCGCGAGCGGCAACGUAAGGCGGCGAUGCAGAAGCAGUUGGAGCAGGAGUUGCUCAAGGAAGAGCGGAGCGAGGGGGUUGAGGGCGCCGAAGGCGAAGAGUCUGUCGAUAGUGAGCCUUCUGACGAGGGUCCCGGACAGUGGAACUCUCCGGGCCACGAGGAGCCCCUUGUUGGGGAUGAGAGUGAGUAUGAAGAACUGGAAGACCGGCCGCGGAGUGAGCCUGCCGCUCGACAGGUGUCUUCAUAA